CACGCUCCAGCUCCACAGAGUGACAGAGCACACCAUUCCUUCCCCAGCUUUUGUAGGCUCUCUCCGCUCUCCGCCCUCCGCGCCGAACGACGCCUCGAUCCAGAUCCAGCCAUCGCUCGGCCGCCGCGGCUGCGCCUCCCUUCCUUCUCCCGCGGGCGUCCGCGUCGUCCCCACCCGCCCCUGGGCUGGCUCGGAACGGAGAUCCAGGGGGACCUGGGUUGAUUCCGUCUUUUUCUCGGAUAGCAAGCUAGCCAAUGGAGAGGUAGUUUGUUAGGCUGGGCACAAGAUUUGUUCAUGGUGCCUGGAUGAGCAGUGGAGAUGCUACUGGCUGUGGAAGGAGGAGGGUUCUUCUCAUCGUCAGCUUCAGGGUACAGCCAUGGCCUCGCUCUCUUGCUGCUUGGACGGAAAGGUGAGGAUAAGCCUGUCAAAGGGUCUCCGUGGAACCAGUACCGGCUGGUCGAUCGGGAGGUCGAGCAGGUGUACCAUCUGGCCUCCGGCAAGGAUCAGGCUCCUGGGAAAUGCGCUCCCUUUGUCUGCUUCGGUUGCACAGCUACUGGCCUUGAGGGGGCGUCUCCUCCGAAAGCAGGUUCAAGCAAUGCAUUGGGGAGCUCACUGGAAGAAGCAUCUAGUUCAGCAAACAAGAAGUUGACCACUAAUGGUUCCAUCACUGGUAAUGAGAGAAGAGGCUGUCUUAAGAGCAACUCCAAAAGGGAUUCUUUGGAGCACUGUAUAGUAGGAAUGAGUGAGGGUGAAGAACCGCGUGAGUCAUUGGAAGAGGUGCAGACCUUGAAGGCUGGUAUGGAACGGAGGAAAGUUCAGUGGACUGAUACAUGUGGAAAGGAUCUUUUUGAGAUCAGAGAGUUUGAAACAAGCGAUGAAGGGUUGUCAGAUGAUGAAGGGGAUAACGAUGGUUUCAGGAAAUGUGAGUGCGUGAUUCAGUAGACUUCAUGUCUGUACAUUAAGCUUGACGGAAACAGUGCUUCAUGGGAGGCUGGAGUUCUUGUGGGCGGCAAUUGGCAUAUGGUUGCACUUGUGACAUCUUCUCAGAAACCAGAAUGAUCUUUGAUGGUUGGAACGAAGCAAACAGGGAUGACUUGAUAUCUUGGUUAGUUAUUUGUUUGGUGCUUGUGUCUAGCAAACACGGUCGGGUUACAGUUUUGAUGCCCACCUGUAUUAUAUCAAGAUUUGACUCCUUUGUUUCUUUUUCCAUCUUUCUUUUUUUCUCCCCUGGCUUUCCUUAGUGUUCUGAUACCACCUGUAUUCAUGACUGUUGUACCAUAUGAGGCUGUCCUGAUACUGUUGUCAGGGAUGUUGGAUUCCUGGCUUCCUGCUAUUCUUGUUUUCUUUUGC